GGAAGACGCGGAGUUCGAUUCGGCUACUUUUACAGAGACAGAGGGGGAGAGAGAGUGAGACCACGUUCUGAAUUUUCGUGCAAAAAAAAUUUAUUUUUUUAAAAAACUUGAAGUAGAAGAUCUCAGCUUUUUCUUUUUUUCUUGGCAUUGAUGGAUGACAAAAAAGUGAGGAUACAUCCGGACCUUAAUCAUGACAAAAGAGAUGGCCUUCCAAAGGCAUUUUAUCCUGCAUUGGAUUUUUUUUCACAGAUCCCUCAAAGACUUCAAAGUGGUUUAAAGACUCAUUUCAAGCAGUUGAUGAAAAAUGAGAGGAAAAGAGAACGCACAAGGACUUCUCUGUCCAAGGAAAAGGUGUCAUAUGCUGCUUCGGAAGUCAACUUGGUGAAGCAACUGCAAGUUUGGAAAGAGAAUCCUACUUGGAUCGAUCAACCUUCUGAAGUAAAGGUCAGUGUACCGAAAGGUUCUCUAUGCAACCUUAAUGUGAAAUUCCAAGUUGGGUUGCCUCCAGAUGCAGUAUAUAACAUUGUUAUCGACCCUGAAAAUAAAAGAGUCUUCAAGAACAUCAAGGAAGUGAUAUCAAGGAAGGUUUUGGUUGAUGAGGGCCUAAGGCAGGUAGUUGAGGUGGAGCAAGCAGCUAUAUGGAAGUUCCUUUGGUGGUCUGGAACUAUUUCAGUACAUGUUUUAGUUGACCAGAACAGAGAAGAUCACUCAGUGAAAUUCAAGCAAGGCAAGGUGGGCUUUAUGAAGAGAUUUGAAGGCUGCUGGAAAGUUGAACCUUUAUUUGUCGACGAUCAGCUGUGCCAUCCAUUCAAGCCCGAAAAGUGGGCCAACUACGAUUCGUGUACCGGUGGAAAAGGAAGAGUUGGAUCAGUCGUCAGCUUACAGCAACUUAUCCAGCCAGCUCUUGUACCACCACCACCAAUUUCAUGGUAUCUAAGAGGCAUCACUACAAGGACUACAGAAAUGCUAAUAAACGAUCUCCAAGCGGAGGCUGCUAGGAUUAGGGGAUCUGUCAAUGAUGCCCAUUUCAAUCAAGAGCCCAGACAACACAAUGGUGCGAUAGACAAAAACGAAGCCCAUAACGUCAAUGAUAUUAAAGAGAGAUGGCGCCGUAGAAGGAUAAACAAGAGAAAGCAGAACGGUUACAGAAGAUCACUAAUACAGUGAUCUGUUUACUUGAUGAGGCUUGAUGGGGCCUGUUCUCUGGUGCAUCUUGAUGUGCAGGGAUCCAUGCGGCUUUAACUAAUGCUUAAGUGUGUGUUUGGAUGCUCGAUUGAAUUGAAUUGCAAUGAUCGAACCGACAUAGAAAACAGUCAAAGAUGGUGCAAUGCCAUUUCAGCCGUCGCAGUUACAAUUGUUCCAAGUCAGACAUGGAAUGAUUGUAAAUUCAACUAUUGGGCCAAUUCGCCCAAUUCCAAUUUGUAGAAUUAUUGCGAUUCAAUUCAACUGAGCAUCCAAACGAACCAUAAUCAAAGCUGUGAAAUCCUGUAACUGAGAAAUGCUAUCUUGCUGGUUUUGUAGGGGUUCCUUUCUAGGAAGCAUUGGUGAUCUUUACUGUAUCAGUCAACUGAAGCUAUGUGCUUUGAAUACUAAUAUUUAAAGGUGAUAUGAAAUAUUUUGUAAUUCUAUUUAAGAUUAUGUUAAGGGUGCAUUUGGCUGCCAUGAUAUUUAGACCAGCCAAACGCACUCUAAAGCAAAUAAACAGCUUUAUGUAUUCCUGUUGAUGUUUUUCUUUUUCUUUUUCUUUUUCUUUUUCUAGUAUGAACAAAGAUGCAAGGCCUUUCUCUGAGUAAUUUUUUGCAACUCUGUCAGAAUGUGAUGGAUGA